GCAUCUCCUCUGCCUCCCAAAACAAGCGCAGCUGCGCUCCAAUGCAUCAUCCUUUUCCAAAUCACUGAAUUGUUCGUUCGCUGUCUUCCACAACCCUCUUGCCACUGUUGUUCAUUUUCGAAUCAAACGCUAACAACUUGGGCUCACAGCAACCCGAACAAGUUCAAGUUCUACGUGCUGGUGCAGGGGCCACUCUCCCUCUGGCAGCCAGGGGACGAGUUGAGGUACUGGCUCGGAGCGGGGCAGGAGAGGCUCAGGCUCGUCUACGUCGGUGGCGAGCCUUCUCGAGGCCCUGCUCGGGAGUCAUUCCUUUGGGAUGUUCUCGAUCCGACCGGUUGGGUUCGGCUGGGGGCCGCCACAGGGCCCGGCCAGCUCGAACAAUUGCUUCGAGCUCGUCGGGCCCCCCAGCCUCAGCUAUCCCAGCGUGACUGCUGGAGUAGAUUUGAGGUGUGGCGCAACGGGCUGCGUCUGAGCUCCCUCAACGCCAUGAGGGACCAGUACGCAGUCGCCUACCGCCUGGCCAACCCACCGCCUCCUGCCUUGCUCCCUGCCGCUCCCCCCGCUCCU